GUGACCCUACACUGUUGACAUUUUCUCGCGCUGCUCCGCCUGAUUGUUUGAAGCCUCGUAAUAGGGGUGAUUUGGACCAUGCUUCUGAAGACCACAUCACUGUAAUGCCUUUGUCAGUCACAUCUAUAGUCAGCAAAGGAAUAAACGUGUCGAUUGGCCAGUGGGGUCAAGUUUCACGGCUGCUGCCACAGUCCACGCAGCUGGAAUGAGCCAUGCUGCUGUCCCUGGGAAUGCUGAUGCUCUCCGCCACCCAGAUCUACACGGUCUUCACCGUGCAGCUGUUUGCCUUCCUCAACAUGCUGCCCGUGGAGGCUGACAUUUCAGCAUACUCGUUUGACAAUAAGACCCAGACGUUCGAUGACCUGCCAGCGCGGUUUGGCUACAGGCUGCCCAGCGAGGGCUUGAAGGGUUUUCUGGUGGGGGCGCGGCCAGAGAACGCCUGCAUGCCGAUCGAGCCGCCCCCCAUGCCGAGGGACAACCUGACUGGGGCCUUCAUCGUGCUUAUCCGACGCUUUGACUGCAACUUCGACAUCAAGGUCCUGAAUGCGCAGAAGGCCGGGUACAAGGCGGCCAUUGUCCACAAUGUGGACUCUGAUGACUUAAUCAGCAUGGGAUCCAAUGACUUGGAUCUUCUGAAGGAGAUAGACAUCCCCUCUGUGUUCGUCGGGGAAGACACGGCCAACUCCCUGAAGGAGGACUACACCUUUGAGAAAGGUGGCCACGUGGUGCUCAUGCCAGAUUUCAGCCUGCCGCUUGAGUACUACCUGAUCCCCUUCCUCAUCAUCGUGGGCAUCUGCCUCAUCCUCAUCGUCGUCUUCAUGAUCACCAAGUGCGUGCAGGACAGGCACCGAGCCCGGAGGAGCCGGCUCCGCAAGGAGCAGCUGAAGAAGCUUCCGGUUCACAAGUUCAAGAAAGGGGACGCCUACGACGUCUGUGCCAUCUGUCUGGAGGAGUAUGAAGAGGGCGAAAAGCUGCGGGUCCUGCCAUGUUCACACGCAUACCACUCUAAGUGCGUGGACCCCUGGCUGACCAAGACUAAGAAGAGGUGCCCGGUGUGCAAGCAGAAGGUGGUGCCCACCCAGGGCGACUCCGACUCGGAGUCGGACGAGGCGGACAGCGGACAUGAGGAGGAGGUGGUGUCAGAGAGCACGCCACUGCUACACUCCCGUACCGCGGCCGGGGGCCCCUCCUUCGGGGCUGCCGCCUCCGCCCCGCAGUCCCAGCCUACGCCAGACCAGGAGUCCUCCGACAACGCGACAGAGAACUGCGACAGUGAAAAGGAAGGGGAGGGGGAGGCGGUUGCCGUGGAGACGGUGGUCGUGCAGCUGCAAAAGAACCACUCGGAAAACAGUGCUCCACAUGCUUGAUAUAUAUAUAUAUACGUAUAUAUACACAUAUUUUAACCAAUUAUCUUGGUGUGAAAAAGAUUCUGGUGAUUGUUUCUCCCUCCACGUUGCAGUGCUUAUCACAAUGCCUGUGCAUAUCACAGCCUGAUACAACUGUUCUGAUAGGGCCCAAGGCGGCCCAGUGCUUUAUGAUACCUGCCUUUCAGGGUUUCCAUGACAAAAUGGGCAUCGGGUGUAACACCAGGGGAGAGAAUUCAUCUGGGUGUUUUCACUGUGAAAGGAGGGCCAGGCAGUGCCACUUUUAUAAUGCGUCAAUUAUGCAUUUCAGAAAAAUGCAGCGUGUACAUAUCUGUACAGAUCACAGUAUAAGCAAACACCAAUUUGUAUAUAAGGGUUCACUUUUUAAGCUUAUAUCUAGUAUGCCACAUCAGAUCAAGGGGAAUUUUCAGUUGUGAUAAGUGUAAAAAUGAGACUUUCUGCAUUAGUCUUAAAAUUCCAUGCAGAUUUUGUUUCAUAUUUGAUGUGCAAGUAGAAUAUUAAGAGCCAGGAGUCCGAUGGAGCUGCUGUUCCUUCAAGGCUGUGCAGAAUGAAGUGAUCGGGAAAACAAAAGGUUCAGACCCUGCAGUGGGUGUGAUUGUAGUGUGACAUCAGAACCCAGUUAUCACUGGGUCAGAUCAAAUGGUGGAUGACAAUGCGGUGCCACCCACCACGUCUGGAAGUCAACCUCAUUUUCAGCCAUCAAAUAACCUGUGGUUACUCUGGAGAUACUUAUAUCUAUCCAAAGAUGAACAGCUUGACAAAAUACUUUUGAUUUUUAUCCACAAACCGCCGUAGAUUUCUUGUGCAUUUAACACACCGGACUGUUAAAUACAUACUAUAUAGUCAGAUGUUAUGUUGCCCUUGUCAACCAUGUGUAAUAACAUUUUGCUUAAACCAGUAAUAAAAAUUUGAAAUCUUGAAUUCCA